AUGGCCGGCGUGCAAGGGAAUAUAAGGUCCUUCAUUGCCCCGGUAGAAGGAUCCGGACGGACUGCUCCGGCACUUCUUGAAGACCUCACUUUAUAUGAACCAUGGCAAACCACCGUCCGCAACCUCCUGGCUGAUGCACCACUCAAGUUCAGUCAAGGUCAGUAUCUGGGUGAGGCCAUCAACCUUGACAGCUGCAGACACAGAUUUGCUGUGAAGGAUCGGCAGUCGCAGCCACCUGCACAAGAUGAGAGGCCGGGCCCAGACACGAUAUGGACUGUUGCGGUCUUCUGCUUGGUCUGCCGCCUGCAUCUUCGUGUCAAGGUGGACUAUACCGUUAGAUUUGAGCAAUCGCCAUGCCCGACCCCCGAACACCCUCUGCAUCAUUUGGUCCGGUCGAAAUAUCAAGAAACCUUGGAUCGGAAUCAGUGGAAGAGACAAAAUCCGAAUACAGUUGAUGAAAUUUACACCUUCAAGUGUUCUUCCAACACGUGUUCUGCCAGUGUCACCAUUCAAUUCAGCCCACCCGUCCUGCGACCCAAUGAUGUCCGUACCCUAACCAAUCCGGAGCUGUUGAGCCAGCGCACUGAAGAGGCAUUUCGUAGACAGGGAGGUCAGACUGAAGGCAUGAAGAGCCCUACUCCGACUGAUGUUCUGUGCGACCUCCGUUCGUAUCUCAAGAAUGCGUGGAAGGCAAAAUCCGACCCCAAGUACAGUUUGAUCAAACUCACAAACAAGAGGUUCAUUGUCCGCUUUGGGCCCGACGGAAUUGCUUGUCGUGAGGUCCUUGAACAUCUUGGCUUUCAGUUGGAGCCUGGAAACGCGUGGAAGGUACCUGAACCUAUAUUUGAAGAGGAUCAACCUUUCCAAAGCCCCGUCAAUGUCUUCCUUGACAAUGCCGAGCACGAACUUGUUGCACUUCUUCUAGCACGUCCACCCAAAGAGCGAGAACAAAUUCCAGACCUCUCUCAACCACCUAGCGCUGACAGGGAAUUGUCUCGCCUUCUGAGUAGUCAAGAUUAUGACAAGAAUCCUGCCAGCAGGUCUGAGAAAAUCACUGCAGAGAUGAGACCCGGCUUCUUCGUAGCACUGGGGAUCCCCUCCGAUGCGUCAGAUGAUCUCAUCAUCAAAGCCUAUCAUCAGCAAGUGCAAACAGACCCCCAGGGCGCGCCCACCUACUUGAGCAAUUUGCGUAAUAUCGCGAGCCACCGACAGAGUGAUGUUCUCGAAACGGAAGUGGUGUUGGAAACCUCAAGGGGUCGUUUUGAGGUGGAAACGUUGAAUAAAGCUUACAAAGCGUUCCAACUCACCGGGCGUGAAGGCAUGGUGACUGACGAUGAUAUUAUCGGUUCAUUUACUGCCAUCCUGGCGGAUUCACCUGCGCACGAGCAUGAGCUUCGCGAAUACCUGCGGAUCAUUGGUGUCUACCGCAAGAGCAAAAAGCUCAUUGAUACAGCGCAGAAUGUUCUUGAAACGUACGAGCAAGCUCUUACCUACCUGGAUGCCGGUCCAGCCACUGAAGACGAACAUAUUCAAGCUUUGUUUGCUGUCAAGACCAACGAUAACAAAAGCGCAGAAGAACAGGCAAUAAAGGCUGUUUCGAUAAUCGCAAAGCACCGCAGAAGUCCCUUCCUCACAUCUUGGAUUGACUCAGGCUUUUCCAUCGAUACCCCCGCAAUGGAACCGGCAUUGGGUUAUCAGGCCCUUCAGAUUCAAAACCGUGAAAUUGAUGAUGAAAUGGUUAUGCUCCAAUACAACAUGGCAGUGGAGGAAAACCCCGCAAGUGUGGAAUUUUAUACCAAGGCACUUACCGCUAUUGCAAAUGGGCGGAACAGUACAGUCUUGUUCGAUCAUUUGCAUAUGAGGGCACCGCAGGGACCGCAGGGCACUUCUGAGGAACCAGUUGGACUUGAGAAUAUCGGCAACACAUGUUAUCUGAACAGCCUCUUGCAAGUUCUAUUCACCACGACCGAUCUGCGGAAGGUUGUUCUCAAUUUUGAGGAUUAUAAGAUGGCUCUAGACGGAAACAGUAUCGAGCGAAAGCGAGUUGGACAACGACAGAUCAGUCUUCAGGAAGUCCAGACAGCUCAAAAGUUCGUGACCAGCCUGGCCUCGCUGUUUCGAGGAAUGAUUGAGAGCCCGCAUUCCUCAAUCAGACCGGAGCAAGAACUUGCACGUCUUACCUUGGAAAGCCACAAUCUGAAGGAAAGGAUGCGACGAAGAUCAACUCUCAAGUCCACCGAUCGCCCUACUAUAGGAGAGACCGACGAACUGGCCUUUUUUGGUCCUUUCACCCUAGACGAAUAUUCCCGAAAUGGUACAGGCGAUGCCAUCGUCCAGUCCCCCGCGGAGAAUAACGAAGCCGAUCCCAUGGACACGAAUCCAUUGGUAAGCUUUGGACGAGAGGCAGACAACCCAAAGAUGAAUGAUGCGUCCAGCGAAGAAACGUUGUUUUCCAAAUCGGACUCUGAGCAGGCCCUUCUUGAAAAUAAUACCCUAGCUGGCCAACGAGCGAUAUUGGACAACAAAGAGAAUUUGUCGCAAAGCAAGAUUUCGACCUCCCCAAAGAAUGCACACUUCCAGGGUCAAAAUUCGUCUCCCCUCGGCCCCACAUCGCCAUCAAAGCUGAACGCACAGGCUGGGGUACUAUCUCUUGGAGCACACUCUGAAGAGAGCGAAACGAAGCAAGAGCCAGUGAAGUAUCUCCCUCCUCCUGGAAAGCCACCACCGAUCCCACCUCGGAAGCCCGUCGAAAACCCAACGACUACACUUGAGGAGUAUGCUAGGCAACAAGAUGUAACAGAGGUUAUAUCUCAUGUUCUUACUUCUCUGUCUUCAGCGAUCAGACCCACAGGUUUCGACAAGACUGGUGAACAGCUAGACGAAGUACACGACACAUUUUAUGGGCAGCUCAAUCGACAUACCGAAAACGACAAAGGUCAGUCGAAAUCCGAACAAUAUCGAGACAUUAUCACUCGCGUAAGUAACCAGCCGGCGGAUCUUUACGCGGCCAUUGAUAAUGAAUAUGACUUGCAAGUUGGUGGAGCUGAGAAGAAAGGCUACACAUCACUUGAAACGCUACCACCUGUUCUUUGCAUCCAGCUUGAUCGGGUGAUAUGGAACAAGGAAGUAAACCGCCAGGAAAAGGUGAACCACCAUGUCGAGGUCCCAGAAACGAUAUACAUGGAUCGCUACCUCGAAAGUCCACCAGACUCUGAGCUCAUGAAACGUCGCCAGCAGACAUGGGAUCUGAAAGUUGAGUUACAAGCCUUGUCUGCAAGGAGGACUAUUCUCGAAAAGAAACAUGGACAGUCCAAAGACAUCCCAACUCUGUUAGAAGACGCCAAGAUUGCACUUGAGUAUCUCGCAGAACUUCCAGGCGAGUCGAUAGGUGGUGAACUCGAAGUCAAGGCGAGUACCAUUGCGACUCUUGGGUCCUUGGCCGAGAAUGCUAGGACUGAACUCGAUGAACUCAAAGCUCGAUCCAAUGUCAUCACACAGCAAAUUAAAGAAGCGUUUGUGGAUAUGCGUAAGCACCCAUAUCGCCUACAUGCAGCCUUCUUCCACCGUGGAAGUGCUGGUGGUGGUCAUUAUUGGGUAUACAUCUAUGACCACGUAAAAGAAAUGUGGCGCAAGUACAACGACGAUCGUGUCACCAUUGUCCACAACCGAAAUGAAAUAUUCGGCAAGCCAGUCCAAGACAGUUGGGGACCACCGCCAAAUCCAUACCUCCUUGUUUAUGUACGAUCGGAAAAGGUCAACGAGGUCGUUGAGACUGUGAAGCGAGACAUUGUUUAUCCGCCACCAGACGUCCCACCACCGAUUCCUGCUCGCAAUCAGAUGAGUGCAAUGCCGCCGGCUGGAGAGAACCCUGGGGAUGUGGAAAUGAGGGAGUACGUCAAUGGUGGUGAGCAGAACCCCUUUUUGGAGGAUCUUAGCCUUGGAGAGCCCCAAGAAGCUACUGUUCCUAAAGAGGGCAACUGGGAUAACGACGGGCUGACAACGGACAGGCAAGUUCGUUGGUGA